AAAAGUAAUUUACUUUUAUUAUAAUACAGAAAAAUUUUUUUAUUAGUUAAUAAAAGAAUGCAAAGAAGUUUUAAGAGCUGGAAUUCAAAUGAGACAACGUUAUAUAAAUUUGGCUCAGACUAUAUUUGGUGAAGAUGGAAGUGAUGUAAUUGAAGCACAAUUAAAUGAAUUUGACAAAGAUUUGAAAACAAUGCUGCAGAUUUAUUUAAAAUAUUUGGAGAAAAAGAAAAUGACAGAAGGGUUACCGCCAGUUACAGUUCAUCAAAAGAAUUCUUUGGAAGAAGAAUGGGCAUUUGUAAGAGCAACAUGCCCUCAUAUUCCUGGAGGGGAAGCAUUGGCAGCAAAUAAGUUUUGUUUUCUUGCAAGUGAUUUAUUGCUUUGUAUUGGAUCUCAUAUUGAUAGUGGAAUUAAAGAAUCAUUAAUUGCUCUUAAUUCAAGUUUAUCAGAAGAACAAGUUAAUUCUUCAUCUUACAGAAAAGGAAUUCUUCGCACAUGUCGCAUGUUUAAAACUGUAUUUAAUGAUGCAGGAGAUAAAGCAAGACAAGCUGUUGCAUUUGCUAAAACAUUACGCAAGAGAAUCAUAAGGCAAAUUAACUUUGCUUAUUUGGGACAUUCUGCUGCUUUAUCAGUACAGCAUAUUGAGUAA